AUUCUUUCAGCGCAAGUGAACAAAAUGAAAAACAAACCACAAAAACACAAAACUUCCAACGCGUUCCAUUUUAAAUCUUUCCGGGAGCGUAUCGACGAAAUCGAUGUGCGCCGUGGUGCAUUGUACCGGGUGGAGACGGACUAUGAGUUGCCGGAAACCGAGGACGGUACUUUCUUCCAGCAAGCGUUGGUGAAGUGGUCGUUGCAAAAUCUAACCGAUGAGUACGGCGCUUAUCAAAGAGGUUUUAAGGAAACGGCCACCUUGCCCCUGCUGCUGUUUAACAAAGAAGCGAUAGUGAACCAUCUAACCAGCUGCUUGUCAAAGGCCACCGAUGAUGCGCUGCAACCGCUGCUGGAGCUCGUGGUGGCACUGGCGAAAGAUAUGAGGAAAGAGUUUCGACCAUACUUUGCCGGAUUAUUCGAGGUGGUCGUACAAUUUCUUUACUCGGACAGUGCGGAUCGUGUCGAGUGGACGCUGCUAUGUUUGGCACAUUUGUUUAAAAUUUUGCGCAGUUUCUUGCGUAGCGAUUUUACGCUAACCUUUCACCGGUUGCUACCGCUGCUGGACGAGACGAGUAGUCCACCGCAUGCGAUAGAUUUUGCCACGGAAUGUCUCGGUUAUUUGGUGCGCGAUCUGAAGGAUAAGGAACCGUUCGUGCGAUUGAUGUUAAAGUGCCAAACGCGGAACCAAGCGUUAACGUUCGCGUGUGGCAAGCUGCUGUUCGAAGUGUUGCACGGUGUGCAGGAUCAGUUCCACACUACCGCCAAGCAAACGAUGCAACAAUUGUACAACAUUUUGCAGCAGCUGGACGAAACGGAAGCGGACAUCUUGCAGGACAUACUUACCCAAACGAUUACCGAUGUGGUAGAACGUAUCCAGGCAGAGGAUAUUCCGAUUUUUUGGGUAACGGUGCGCGGUACCAUUGACGGGUGUUUGGCUGCUUUCGAUGCACAACGCGAACGUUCCGACGAAGGAAAAAUCGUCAAAUAUUUGACACGCUUGCUACAGCUGAGUGGAAUCGUUUUGGAACAUCAGUAUGGCCGAUUGCUUGGUGAUUCACUGUCCGUCACAGUGUCGCAGCUGAUCCGUUUGCUAACAUCUUUCACUUCGCCUUCGAUCGAGUUUAAGGAAACGAUCGUCAAUCACAUCAUAGUUCUACUCCGUUCGAGACAUCUACCACUUACCCAGCUGGAAGCGAGCCGGUUGACGAUGAACGUGCUCCUGCUAGACCAUCGUCCACUGUACGAUCGUUUUAUCGAGGCCACCGUACAGUGUCAAAUGUUUGAAGCACUUAUAUGGCCCAACUUUGUGAAAAGGCUUGAGCUGGAGCUGGAUGAUGCUAGGAUGAGCUUUUUGGCUAGCUUGUUGUUGAAAAAAUCACCUCUCUGUGGUAAUGGACUGAAGCUGGAGGAUUGGAAAUCAUUCCCGGUGAAUGUUGUGUCGAAAGGAAAUUUAGAAACUUACAUGAAGAAAAUGAUGCUCAGUACGCCUGCGCACGUGGUUGAUCAUGCGGCAGAUGCCUAUCUAAGUGCUUUAAUCGUUUUACCGCAUUUGACCAAUUUUCGGGAUAAAACCGCCGCAAACAAUGCUGUACGCGAUUUUAUCAAACACGGAGUUCAAGGUCUUCAAAAUGGCUCAUCGGAAAAAGCGAUUCAACUUAUCGCAUUGGCAGUGGAAACGAUCGUACACUUGAAGGAAAUGGAUGGCAAAGCUUACUUCGAUCUGUUGGAAUGUUUGCUGCCCGUGGUAACCAUACACGAUUGCUUGCUGCUAAACAGCGUGCACCUUCUGCUCGUUUACAUUACAAACCAACGCAAAAAUUUAAUUACUUUCGACCGUUUUAAGCAUGUGCAUCGUUUUGUACAUCCACUUACGGCCUCUUACAAUACCACGGUGAGACAGCUAGCAUGCGCCAUUAUGGCAACGUUUGCCGAUCUUCCUGAACUAGCGAGCGGUAUGGGUCCACUGUACCGUACAAUGGCACAAAUCGAAUGUAUUGAACCUUUGAUACACACCUACCGGGAACAGGUGAUCCUUUUCCAGAACCUUACCUACGAUGGUCGGCUGUGUCAGCAGGCGGCUAAGGUUGCACGCAACGAAUGGAACGAAACAGUAAUGCGCUACAUGCUGUCGAUGUUUGCCAUCAACUUUAAGCUUCUAUGGGAACCGGCGGGAACGGUCGUACAAACGUAUGCCGAUAAUAUGGUAAAGCAAGAUGAGGAAAUGUUUUGGACUGUGUUUGACACUAUGCUGACGAUGGCUGAGGCGCGUAAACCACACGAAGAUCCAGAUCAAUCCGGCGACCUAAAUGGACAUGAAGCAGCGAAUGAGGAAACACCUUCGGAAGCUUCGGACAAUGUAAACGCAGACGAAGAAAUGGUAGAGGAAUCGCCAAAAUCGAGAAGAUCCCUUUUUCCCACAGUCAUGGAACAUUUUCCGAAGAAGCCCAACAUUGACUAUAUGAAUGUGCGGAUUCAGCAGCUUCGAAUGUUGCAUCGUUGUACCAACUUUUGCCGCUCCAAGGGUGACCGUAUCGUGGAACGGUUCUUUGUCUAUCUCGAGCAGGAUAAAACAAACUCAAACUUAACCACCGUCGGCAACGGCGAAGAACCCGCAGAAGAGAAUGUAGCAGCAGCAACAUCCUUUACCACCGUGGUAAAGCGUAAAAGUAGUCAAUCGGCAGGCGCCGGCACACAUCAGGUGUUGCUUAGCUAUUUGAGAAUUUGUACCGAACUUACACCGAAAGUGGUACGGAAGCAUUCCGAUCGACUGUACGCCACGUACGAAACGCUCGUUAGUAGCCGCAAUGAGGAAAUACAGAAGGUGGCUUUGACCGGUAUAUUUACGCUCGGCGGAUCACAGCUCACACCGUACAAAGAUUUCAUAAAUCGGUUAACGAGUGAAAAAACGCUUAAGCAAGCGUUACUGUCCGUGUUUGUACCGUCGGAAGAGGAUGACACGGAGGAUGCCGGCUACACAAGCGCCAGUGGACGGACCAAAGUGGCCGAGGAACAUCGACCAAAAGUGCUGCAAUUGGUGCUGAAAGUGCUUGAUGGAAAAAUUAAACAAAAUCUAGGCAACGGUGGUACAGGAGGACAGCAUAAAGCCACCAUUCUAACGUUUAUCGGUCGGUUACGGGUGGAAGAGCUUGACCUAUUGCUUCAUCGUUGGUAUGAGGUGUACUUGAAGCAGCUUAAAGACACUCCGACCGAAACGGUACGCUUCAUAACGGCUGCUCUGGACGAUGGGAUUGAAGUCGUGCCAACGCCAACACCUUUCAAGGUGAAAACGUUGCUUAACUUCCUUGCCGCGUUGCAGACGGAAAUUGCUCCCAUCAAAUCACCGGUUUUUGCAGCGAAAUUGAUGCAUUUAAAAAUCUGUUUCGAUGCGCUACUAAUGCGCAUGGAUCACAGCAUUUAUCGGAAGUACAAGAACCAGGCACUAUUGGCGCUGGUAGAGUUGUUCGAUCAGUACGACUCAAGCUAUCAAUGGACCGACGAUGAGAUGGCUGCCAUUAUGUUGGUACACGUUUGGCCACAACUGGAGCACCUUCCAAGCGAUAGUAUACAUUCGCCUACGCCACUCCUUAAGCUGCUGCUAAGUUGGAGUCAGAGCAAUCGAUUCUAUACCCUGCUGGAACGUCGCUGUGAUACCGAAGGUGACCAUCACCACCAGCGCAUGGAUACAGAUGAGGCGGAACCUUCAAUGACACCGCUCGAUGCAAUGAUCAACCUGUUGCGUGGCUCCCAAACGAGUGCAUCCGUAUGCCGACAAAUCUUUACCGCACUUGCCGGCAUGCUGGAAGAAGACGGUCGAAACAGGACAGAUUCAAACGAACCGCCACUAUUUCACGGUCGUAGUCGAUUGCUCAUACCGUACGUGAAGGAUUUGCUGCAGUACAUUCGGCAGGCCAUCAAGGGCAAGAAAGUGAUAUCGAGCGAUUUGCUGCUCAUUCUGACACGAUUGGCCGAAUCGGGAAUGAUCGGAAGCGAUCAAAAGGACGAAGAACGGAACGAGAACGAUCGUGUCUCGUUGCUGAACAUGCUGUUUCCUAUUCUGGCGCGAAAGGUGAGCGAGAUUGGUGGCGAUGGUCAUCAGCAGGCGAGCGAGGAUGUACGGCGGUUGCAUAUCAUUAUUGCCCGUCUGCUGAGCGAAGUCAGGGAGCCGUUACGGUAUCUGAAGCAGCUGGCACUGUGUUUGCAGAAUGUGAAAGAUCGAGCUGCUCGUAAAAUUGUGUACCAAAUAUUCGAAAGCUUUGCCCAUCGUUCGGCUGAAAUGAAACUGAUCAACACACUCGUCCACGAGUUAAAUGCAAUGGACAAGCGAUGGGUAGAACAGCCGGAUCACGCUGCCCGUACAACUGCCUAUCGUUCGAUCGAUCAGCUCCUUGCGAGAGAUGCACCGGAAGGCAAACGAAUGACCGGUAACGUCGCCAUAGUGUUCCUUUCCCAAGCGUUCCACGUGUUACAGUUUGAAAAAGAUUUUUCCGCCCGCCAAAAUGCGACCGAAUACGUGUGCAAGGUGGUUCUGUAUCUGGCAUCGGCCAACGAAUGGUCAACCGAGUUAGACUACUGUCUUGAUCGUAUCGUCCUUCACAGUAUAAUACAAGGCUUUAAGAUUAAGCGGACAGCUAACGAACGUCGAAACGAGUCGAUUCUGCUGCUCGGAGAGCUUGCCCGAAUGGUGGGGAAACCGGGUGUAACGACACACCCGCAAUGCCGUGUAUUUGCUGAGUUGUGGCAUUUUACGGCACAGGGAGAUGGUGCUGAACGAGAUUUUUUCGAGAACAUUACACACCUGCAAACGUACAAACAUCGGAAAGCUAUGCGACGACUAGCGGUCAAGCUAUCGCUGAUGGCCGAAGCGGAACCAGAGACCGACAAGCGUGUAAUAGGAGCCGGUGGACCAUCCGCUCGCACAACGGUCAACUUUUUGCUACCGAUUGUGUCACACUACAUCUGCCACGAUGAGUACAAGAAGCUGACGAACCUGGUAGAAGAAGCCGGUAACUGUAUAAUCAAUCUCUGCCGUCUUCUACCCUGGCGCGGAUAUCACAUGGUGCUGCAUCAGUACCUGCGAAAGCUAAAAUUCUCCUUUGAGUAUCAGAAGCAAUUGUUGCGCAUCGUUAUUGGCAUAAUGGAUGCAUUUCAUUUCGAUCUUUCGGCGGCCAUCAAUGCUGGUGGAGCGGACGAAACUAGCAACAAUCCUGUCAAGGUUGCUGUCAACUCUUUAAUGGAUACGAAACUAACGUUAAAGCGUGAUACGGAUGGCAAUGAUGAAGCUAAAGAGGACAUCCCUGCCAAAGCUGCCGCAGAACAGGAAAAACAAAUGACCGAUAAGGAUGGCGAAGAGGAAAAAGAGGCCGAAAACGGUGAACAAGAAGUGAAAGAAGAAGCCGAAGAUGAGGAAGUUAUGAUCGAAGAAGUUGUGGAGGAUGAGCCAACGAAAGAUGAUCCAGCAUUAGCUCUUCGUGUGGCGCGUGAAAUCGUACACGACAUAUCGAAAACGAUCAUCCCCAAUCUGCUGUCUUCGUUUAACUUUGCCACCGAAGCACCGGUCUCGAUUGGCAGCAGUGGUCACGUGGACAAGAAGGCACGCUUUGCGAAGCAACGGACAGAAAUGCUGAAGCUUCCGAUAGCGAUUGCCAUCGUGAAGCUGUUCAUGAAGUUACCCCGCAAAGAGAUCGAACUCAAUUUGCCUAAACUGAUCAUUAAGGUGAUCACGUUCCUGAAAUCCCGCCUAAAGCUGGCCCGUGUUCAAGCAAGAAACACACUGGCACACAUUACGCUCGAGCUUGGACCGUCGUACAUUUCGUUCGUUUUGCAGAAUUUGCUCGCUAUGUUAACACGUGGCUUUCAGCGCCAUGUUUUAACGUUCACCGUGCACACCAUUAUUGAACGUGCGCAGAAACAUCUCGAUGCUGGUUCGGUGCUGGAAAACAUACUCCAAACGGUGGUGCACAUCUGUGCGGAAGACAUUUUUGGCCAGCUGAUUGGACUCAUGAACGGUACCACCAUCGAGACGGGUUCGUUGCGUAAAAAUUCAAUGCCAGAAUCGAAAUCCACCCGCAAACCGUACAAAACGCUGUACAUCCUGGCAAGGUAUGCCCAGGAACGCAUGCUCGUGGAUCUUUUCACACCGUUCCGGGCGAUCCUGAGCAAAUACCGCACGCAUCAAACGGUGGCCAAGGUUCACGAUGCACUGCAUCAGAUUGCGGAGGGUAUUGUGGCGAAUAAAUCGAUCCGUCCCGACUCGCUGCUUGUGUUCGUGUACGGGCUGGUGACGGGAAGAAUCUACGCUCAAUGUGCGGUUGACGAAACCGACCCCGAGCAGCAGCAACAAACCGCUGAUGCUGAUGGGAAGCAGCCAGCGAAAAAGCUGCUCGGAGCGGUACCGAAACCGGGCAGCAUUUAUAUAAUACCCGAAGAACCGAAACGGUACGGAUCGGCUGCCGGAACAACCACGUUGGACCAUAUUCUAGCAAAAACCGAAGGCAACGAUCCCGCCUUCCUCGAGUGCGGUCUGGAGAUUCUGCUAAGUUUCAUCAGACGCGAACAGUUCGGAAAGCGGCAUGAUUCGGACGAGGAAAAGCUACUACAGCAGCUCGUAGAUCCGAUCGUACCGACGCUGGUAGAUUCGCUCGAUUCGAAACACUCGAAAAUUAUUUGUCACUCAAUCAAUUGCUUCACUGCCCUAUGGAGCACCGAAUGGUCGUUGAAGAGUUUCGAGCAGCCGGAAACGGUCGACAAGAUCGUGAAGGCAAUCUUCACCAUACUGCACCGUUACAAUACGGUAGCGCUCGACAUAAACAAUCCCAACUUUGGUAUGGUGCGGGCCAGCUUUAGGGCAAUCGUGGCCAUUUUGAAACAUGGCACAAACACCUACAACUUCUCGCAGGAACAGUUGCGCCUGCUGGUAAUGUACAUUGAGCAGGAUCUGGCGGUUGGUGGGGGCCGUCAAACGACCGCAUUCGUACUGCUGCGGGCACUACUCGCACGCCGUUUCACGUUCAACGAGCUGCACGCGCUCAUGAGCAAAGUGUUUGAGCUUUGCGUGCAAUCGGACAGCGAUACGGUGCGGGCGGAAUGUCGGGAGAAUAUAGUGGAGUAUAUUAUGAACUUCCCGACCAGCAAAAAGGUGCACACCCAUUUGUGGUUCUUUGUCUCGCAGCUGGAGUAUCCCGUGCUGCAUGGAAGGGAAUCGGCCUGUUUGGUGCUCAAACGAUUGUUCCAAAAGCUUCCGAAGGCAACUUUAGUGGAAAACCACGCUGCCAUCUUCCUUGUGGUAGGCCUCCGGUUGACCAACGAUGAUGCAACAGAAAUCCGGACACUUGCGGCUGAUUGCAUCGAAACGCUGCUCAAACGUCUCGAUACAAAAGAUAUAGCCUCGCUGGUCGUGCCUCUGCAGGAAAUGCUGUGCUCCACGUUGCUCAAACAACGUGAACUCGCCACCCAACUAUUGCUGCGCAUUCUACAAACCGAACCUAAAGAUAGCUUUAUCAGCAGCUGGCUGGACAAAGUGCUUCCCUCAUUGCUUCAGAACCUGGUCCCACAAGCGAACAACGCCACAGAUGCGACGCAAGGAAAAUUUGUCAAGCCGCUCGUACCGAUUACCACGCUACUGCUGCACGGUGAUCCAUGGGCCGAUCAUUUGAUCAUACAAACGUUAAACUUCUUCCAAACCGUGCUUCGGCUGUAUCCUGCGUUGCUGACGACCGAGCAGUACAACGAUACGGUAGAUUCGCUAGCAUACACCGUCCAAUCGCUGCUGAGCAGCGCCCAUCAGUGGGUACGAAUCGGUGCCCUAAAGGUGCUGCAUCAAAUAAUGAACGAGCUCGAUUACGACGCCAUCCACGAGCGCAUCAAGUACAUUCUGAAGCAAAGCAAAAAGGGACGGCAUGUCGAUGAGGGUGAGAUGGACACCGAAGACAUUGCCCCACCGUCCUCCGGUGGCAAACAAUUCCUUUACGGCGAUCCAUUGCGUGACUGCAAAACACUCACACUAGACCUGUGUGCCCAGCUGACACCGAACAGUGGUAUGGUUAGCGAAAACGAUGACGAGGCAGCCGCACUUGUCACCCAGCUUCUGUUCCUGAUAGCGAAUGUGCUUCGCGCUGUACCGUUGGAGAAUGAGAAAAUGUCGUCGAAGAAAAUUAACCUUUACUGGCUCGUACGUCGGGUACGGUACGUCAUGCAGAGUGAAAUUGUACAAACACCGCACGUAUUCACGCUGCGAAAACACGCGCUGCACUGGCUUUCGUCGGUGAUCGCGAUUGUGGAGCAGGAAACGUUGGUACAGCUCGCACCAUCACUGCUAAUUCCGGCCGUUCGUGAACUUACCGCCCAAGACGUUUCCGGUACACAUGCGACUAACGAUCCAUCCAAAAUAGCGCUCCGCAAGGUCGCUACGAAAGUGGGACGAGAAAUUUGUGCCCGCCUAGGCACAGAGCAGUACGAUAAAAUCCGUAACGCGAUAGAAGUUUCGCUACGUCGCAAGCGUACCGGGCGUAGGGUAAAGUUGGCCCAGGAAAAGAUAAACCAACCGAUUCUGGCAGCACGCCGCAAGGAGGCCAAAAAGAUGCGCACCAAGGAGGCACGAAAGCGAAAGAUGGCAGACCGCGAUGAUCCGCUGGAUAUUGAUGCGGAGAGCAAGGGUGGUGUUAUACCGGGCGUGAAACAUCGGGCACCGUCCAAAAAGCGAAGCAAAGUACCGAAAAAACGGCGUAACAUGGAAUCAAUGUUUAGGGAGUGA